AUGGGUGUAACUGAAAAAGAGAAUCAAACAGCCAUCACAGAAUUCAUUCUUCUAGGAUUUGGAGACUUCCCUGAAAUGCAGCCCUUACUCUUUGUGACAUUUUUAUUCAUCUACACCAUAACCAUGUCCGGCAACAUUGUAAUUGUUCUGGUGAUAGCAGCUGAUCACAAUCUACAUACCCCCAUGUACUUCUUCCUAGGUAACUUAUCUUUCCUGGAGAUCUGCUACACCACCACCAUUGUCCCCAAGAUGCUAAGAAGUUUCCUUACAGCUCUGUUAAAACUUUCCUGUACUGACACCCGUUUGGUUGAAUUUCUGUCUUUCACAGUGUCUGCCUGUGUGACCCUGGUCCCAUUUCUACUAACCUUGACUUCCUACUGUAGGAUCAUUUUGACCAUCCGGAGGAUCCCUUCCACCACUGGGAAGCAAAAAGCCUUCUCCACCUGCUCCUCACACCUCCUGGUUGUUUCGAUUUUCUAUGGCACCAUCAUUAUUGUUUAUGGAGCCCCUGUAGGUAACCAGUCACCAGCUUUAAACAAGGCCUUCUCCCUGCUCUAUACAGUCAUCUCUCCCAUGUUCAACCCCCUCAUCUACAGCCUGAGGAACAAGGAGGUCAAAUGUGCCCUGCGAAAGGUUGGAAGCAAAGUGUUCACUUUUCUAAAGAAGAGCAACAUCCUGUAA